UAUACAUCACAAGGAAGCGGGAGUUGAAGAAGGCGAGCAGUGUAGCAGGAGCGCGUAAACGCCAUUUUAGUGUUAGUAUGUAUCGGUAUUGGUCACGAAGUUGUGAGGACGCGACGAACUGAGUAACCGCGCUGCAGGCGGUGCUGUGCAACCGGGGCAGCAGUGAGCAGUGUGUAGCGCGGCAGCUUUUGCAAUGUAGCCAGCCAUGCCAACAGGUGGUUGCGCUACGCGACUCCACUGCACCGUUGCCAUGGAUUCGUGACCAGAAUUUGCGGACCGACUGGCAAAAAAUAAAACUGUGUAUUAGUGCAAAUCAUGGUUACAGCGUUUUUGCCUUCGCCUGAUUUGUGAUUGCUGACACCGCGAUGGUAGGUCCUGGUGCGUACACUGCUAGAAGAAAGCCAGGAGUGAUGUCUUGCAAAUUUGAUGAAACACCAACUAAUUCAAAUCCGGAGAAGAAAGUAGGGCCGUUGACAGAUCAUCUGUUACCGACAAACCUGACGCUAAGAUUCGACACAAACGUCAGGUUGCAGAGGAACAGUGUGCUGACAACAGUGACUAUUUUAAAUGCGUUGGUUACUGCUGCGUUAAUCGUCGCUGCUGUCCCGACCGGUGUUUAUGUACAGAGUGAACUCAAUAAUUCCCAGCAUAAAAUUAUAGUCCUUCAAGAACAAGUAAAGUUCUUGACGGAUCGCUACGAGUACAUCGUAAAACAGUUAAGGUCAGUGAGGAUCCGAGCAAAAGGAAGUUCCUUAAAUGAAAAUUUAAAGCAAAAUAGUAAUAACGAAGAUUUUGUCAGUGCGCAACACAAAUUUCCUUGUCAGUACAAGGAUGUUGAUUCUGUUAAUAGUGGAGAGCGGAGCCAGCACCUGCAAAUCAAGAAACCAAGUUUCGUGACGGAAGACGUCAUGAAGGAGUCAUCAAAAGCUGCCCUGGCUACAGAGGAUAAAUUUCCUCCACCAUCAUUUUCUGAAGAGCCACACACAUCAAGAGCAGUGGCAGUGGAAACUGACGGCAGUCAGUAUGGCACUCAUACACUGAGGAGGACUAAGCGUUCAGAUUGGAGAGGUAAACAGUCACAGAGGAAGCCUUCGAAUGGUGGACGUGGGCGACAGCGAAGGAGAGGAAAAUUUAGUGGUGCUGCUGUUGCACAUUUCAAGGGUGGACAGCCAGAAACUUUCAUCAGAGAUGGAGGUAGUUUGGUUGCUCCAUGGUUCCUUGAUGAUGCUGCAUCUGGAAGAUUCAGUUUCUCAGCCUUCCAGCUGAAACAAGGAAAAGCGGCGGUUGAGGUGACAGAGAGUGGGCUUUACUAUAUAUAUUCUCAGAUCCAUUAUUUGACUUCGCAAGUUACAAAUAGCUACUCCCUGAACUUAAGGCACGGUAGUCAGAGCAACUCCUCUGUCCUAUCCUACUGCAGUGCAAGUUCAGGUAGUCAGACUCUGAAUGAAGUGAGCUGCUUUACAUCAGUUGUCAGAUACCUCAAUUCCACAGAUCGUAUUUUCAUACAACAGAGGGACAUGAAUAGGAGAAUUAUUCUUAGAGAUGGAUAUAGUUAUCUUGGUGUUGUAAGGCUAAGUGCAUAAUUACCGAAGCUUGAGAAUUCUAUUUUCACAAAGAGUAUGAAAUAUUGCUCAAUGAAGAGCAAUUCUUCGAAAUGAAAAAGUGAUAAGAGACUAGGAGCAACAGUUUCCAAAAUGUUGCAGGUUCUGCUACAUUAAGCUGGUGAUAGUGCAUAUAGUUUUCGUUACACUACUGUUGUCCAGACACUUAACAGCCAAGAAUGUGGUGUGCAUUUAAGGUGAUCUCCUUCUUUUUAAAAUGCAAGGCUUGUGAUUAUAUUUGAGUGUAACUUGUUUUGUUUGGGAAUGAGGUGUUACUUGGAGACCAAAAGUAUGUGCUACACCUGUAUUAAAGUUCAUGUUGUAGCUGAAUGAGCCACUGAAGUCCCUGAAAUGGGUAGGAAGCAGUAAGAGGUUGACUCUUACUGCAAAGACUGUAAAGAGUAAAAUGGUGAACACUUCCUACCAGAUGUGCUAUUAUCUCCAAAGUAGUUCACCCACGUUAAAAAUGUAUUAUACUGUUUAGUUAUUAAGAUUGCAAUGGUGCUAAAUUAAUCACAGUGCAGAAGUACAAAUUUUUGAAUAAGUUGAGACUCAACUGUAAAUGUGCAUUUUUCUUUGCAUCAUUUUAGAAGACUAAAUAAUUAGUCAAGAUAAAUGAGAAUGUAUGUUUUAAAUUUAUUUUGUAAUGUAUAAACUCGGGAGGAACAAUAUCCACUUAUACAGACAACAAAUUGUAUUCUAUGAAGAAACUUUGAUUCUAAGUUCUUUUUGGGAAGUAUGUAUGGGUAUAUUUGUUUCAAAUCCUGUGUGGAAUAUCUAGCAACCUAGUUUGCAAAAAAUGCAAAAAGUCCACUUCCUAGUAGAAAAUACAGAAAGCACAGUUACAGAGAAUUGAUUCCUUCCUUAGUACUAUUCAUAUAAUAUUAACAGUUCUACUGUAGUAUCGAGACAGAUAUUCAGUGUUUCAAUUGGUGCACAGAAAGAUAUUUACCUCUUAUAGAGUCAUACUCUCUGUAGGAAUUUUCUGUUGGUCAAUCUUCUCAAAAAUUUAGUGUCUUGUAUACUUGAAUCUUAACAGGCCAAAUAAUUAAAAUAAUAUACAUUUUUGUAGACUUCCUCCUUAUUCACCUCACAACAAUGUCCUCAUUCAAUUAUUGUUGACUUACUUGUGGGAAUGGACAGGGUGUCUUCACAUGCUUCAUUUGUUAGUACAAUCAUUAUUCGAUAGGUAGCAGAACAUUUUGGAGAAAUGCAGUAUUCUAGAGAAAAUGUGUGCAGUUUUAUUGAUGCCAUGGAUACAAUUCGUUAUCCAGAAAAUUAAAAUGAGGUACUCCAUUGAUUUAAUAGAUUGCAGCUAAUAUCCUUAUGAUAGACCUGGUUAGCUUCAGCUGUAGAAUACAGAAAGUUCCAGGAAUAAGUUUCUUCUUUUGACUUGUUUGACCAUGCUAGUAUUGUGGGCAACGUAAAGGUAAAUGAUGGAUCACAUUUCUGGCAAAGAGUAGUCCAAAUAUUCAAUAUCACCAUAAUAAGAAAACUUUGCAGGCACAGAUUUUUUUGGGUUUAUUGAAAACUUAAAACUUGUGUUUUACACAGUAGAGUAUUGUCUCUAGAUCAUUAUAUUUUGAGGUAGCAUACUUCGUCCACUGAGUGUUAAUGUAAAUCCAAAUUUAUGUAGUUUGAGUGUCACAACAAAGCAUAUGAAGUCUUUGGAAGGAAACUUUCACCAACAUAAGUGAUAUUUCACCAGGACCAUGCAGUGGAGGCGUUAAAAGAAGAGGUUUGUUAAUUACACCCAGCCCCGUUUUUGUGGUUCUCAGAAACACAGUGAUGUUAUUUUUCUGCCAAAUGUAUAAAGAGGUACCUGCCCCCUCCCCCCCCCCCCCCUGUGAAAGUAAAAAAUGGAUAUUGAUUAAUCACCUUGCAUAAACAUUGUGAACCCAGUAAGUGUUUUGUAAACGGUCAUGACGAUACUAUUGCACUUGGACCGAAUCACCAUCACUCCCACAUGCAGUAAUAUUGUGGUCGAUCAAAAAUUUGGUCAAAAGCAACAAUGCAUAGUUGCACAUAAUCUGUCUUUGCAAGAUAAAUUUUAGUUGUUAUGAAAAUACCAAUGUAAGAAAUUAAAGUGAUGAAUCAUGUGGCUUUCUGCAGUGUUAACAUUAGGGUUCAGAUUUUUAGGUGCUUAAAAGCUGGGGUUAUUUAUUUUUCACAUCUUUAGAAACAUUUGAAAUAUGACAAAUAAGUAAACAUAUUUAACUAAAAUUUGAUAAAUUUUUGUAAAUAUGAGCAACAUGCAUUGUUUAUGGAUGCAAUUUGUGCUAUGCUUCACUGAUUGCUGAAGAGUUCUUUACAAAUCACUGAAGAUUAUGCUGAGAUGCUGCCCUACACUGGGAGAAUGAGUGCUCACUUUAAGAUGUCAGUCUGGCAAAUUUAUGGCAGGGCAAGUCACUCACUCACACAUUGAUAGCUUCCUCUUGAUGGACAUUUGAAGUUUUGCCCAGUUUGAAACUCACUGUUUUCACACACAUCUGAUUUAAUUUUGUAACACUGGUGCUGUAGCUCAGCUAUUACAACAACAAAGUUUUUGUUCAGUGUCAUGAACAUACUGAACUGUUUGACAGAAGGAACACCCCCCCCCCCCCCCCCCCCCCUGCCUCCUUUAAAUUUUUUAAAUUGUACUGUUAAGGAAACACAAGUUAACAGACAAAUAUGCAAAUAAUUUUUUAACACUGUGUUACUUAACAUUUCCUAAAGUAUUCCAGUUAAAAUUUCAUCCUCUUUCUCUACUAAUCAACUACUAAGGCCAGACCAUCAAAAUUUACUGUAUACUGCAGGGCUGCAAGGAGUGAAGUUUCCCACUGCAUGACUACUGGGGUAGGUAGCUGUGAUACAUUGGGGUGAAUUCUUCUCAGUAACUUCAUUAAGUUUUCCUCAUUAGAAACCAAUUUGCCUGAAGAGAGAAUGCUUUACUUCAUCACAUAGCCUGUGUAAACUACGCACAGUGCAUGUAACGUUGAUCAUUUUAGAAUAACUUGUCUCGUCCUGGUACAGGUUCUGGGUACCAAUAUAGAGUUGGUAGAGCCUGCGUGGCGCAAUCGGGAUGUUGACAACAAUUAUGGGUUUGUGGUUCCCUUUAACUAGCCUUUAUUAUGGAGGUGAGAGGGAGUAGAAUCUCCUGGACUGUCUAAGGGCAUGUAGGAGGUGUAGAUACUUGACAAUACUUUCAAUAGGUAGUGGUUGCAAGGGGGAAUUGGCAGCACUGAACUGUCAAAACAGUAAGGUAAGAAUUCUCCUUUAGCGCAAUUUAUUGAACUAAUAUCACAAAGGACAUGUGAGGUGUCAGACCCUUUCCCUUACUCUGUACACUUCUAUAGAUUAAGCCAGAAUCUCCACUUCUCACUCUGUUGGAAACGACCACUCACGAGAACUAGCACCUUUGAAUUCACUCUCCAUUUAAUAAUGGACCCUUGUCCUAUCUCACAGGAGACAAACGCCAGCCAGUGGCUUGUUUCUUAUAUUGCUGAAACUAACCGUAGAGGCUACUUGAGACAAACUGUCCUUGUUCAAAACUAUUCCAAUGCAAAACUUCUACUUAACUGAUAGUUGUAGUUGCUUCCACCAGAGCAUCACAGUUUUCUCGUAGUUGCAGUUUCUAUAGCCUCAUCAGUAGUGGCUGCUACCUUCUCGAUGUUGCCGGGCCUCGUCUGCUUGUGCCCUCUUCAACUUCUACGAUGACACUGCUUCUUGCUGCUCGUGGAUGCCCUUAAAUACCUAUUUUGAAGGUCUGCCCUGCUCGGAUGUGGCCCUCACAUCCGCUUUCUCUAACUUAUUUUUCAGUCUUCCCGGACAUUUCAUCGCUGUGGACCUAUAUUGGUUUCGAUAUGUCUGUCAGUCCCGGUGCGGAAAGUUCCUUCUUGCCCUCCAAGGUCCGGGAGACACGCUGUUCAUAUCCUCAAUGUGUUUACUAGCUCAGGCUAUUUGUACUGUGUGACACUUUCCCUUCCGUGUCUGCGGAACUCCGGGUUUCACUGCAUGGCGUCCACAUUAGAAAUACUGGCUGAACCUUUACAUUAUGCAUUGCUAAGAAUAGUUAUGCCAUUUUGUUAAUUAAAUCCUCUGGGGACCUGACAAACUAAUAAAAUCUGCCACCGCCUUCUUCAUAAUUAUGUGAUGCAGUAUCUGUUAUUAACCCAUAUUUUGUCAUUUUCACACAUGGAAUGAAUUUGUUGGUAACACUUUGGAAGCUAUUUACUCAAUGCUGACAUUUCAGGAAUGUCAAGAUUUGAAAUUUUGGAGACUGACUUCCUUAACACUGUAUUACUUAAUUUAGAAAAAAUGUGUUGACUAAAACUAAUAGCUUCCACAAAUCUUCACAAUAAACUGAAAAUUUAAGAGAUAUUGCAGAACACCCUCGAACUGCAUCAUUUAUUAGAAGCUGUUUGUUUAGCAAGUGCAAAACUGUGAUGGUUAAUUUCUUGUGAGCAGUUGUAAGUAAGAGGAAUGCAUAAUGCUUAGGGAGAGAAACAGCGUGAAUAUGCUUGUGAACAAACAAAUGACUGGGAGGAAUGAAAGUGAAAGCAAUCAUUUACAUAGUGACUCCUAUACAGAAAAAUACUUCUACUGAACCCUUCUGUCAAUGCAUGACAUGAGUGGAAGCUUCCUCUUUAACACCCUUUUCAUUGGCAUGAUACAUCAGUUACACAAAUAAUGGCAAUUUUGAUUGAUUGGAGUUUUAAUUUUGGUCCGGUUUUCUUCAUUUCAAUUGUUUCCAAAUCUUGUAUAUUAAAGAUAGGAACUGAAAAAAAUUAGCAACUUUAAAAUUUAGUAAUCGCUGCCCAUUUUGUGUGUUUCGUAGACAAGACGAGAAAGAUAUUGAAAUAUUAUUUUUAAGUUUGUCAUUCCAAAAUUGGUCCGAGUCUCACAGGGUGUAAUAUUGCAUAGUAGGAGGUAAAUUCUUGACUCAGGCUCAUUCCCCAAUAUCAAUGAGGUGGGUACCUUGGUGGGGAAGACACUACUCUUUCAGGAGGAGCACAGACCAAAUCCCCAGUAAUGUUUAGGUUUUUCUUGGUUUCCUUAAACUGCUUAUAGCAAACAUUGGUAAUUCCUUUGCAAUGAAUACUGAAAAAUUCCCUUCUCCACUGUGAACCUGUGCUUAGUCCAUAAUUUUCAUUACUGACAUGAUACAUGCUUGUCUUUCUUCCUUUUCCAUAUUUUUUUGUUUCUUAGUUUCUGCAGAUCAUUUGUAUGUGUGUGGUGUUUUUUUUCUUUUUCUUUUUCUUUUUUUAGGGGUCUUGCAGUUCAGACUGAUUGGAUGACAAAAUACUUGCUUUUUAUGUCAAAUAACCACCAUUGGUAUUGUUUCUCCUUCUUUCCCUCUCCUUCAUCUCCAACAUUUUCGUAUUUCAGCUUUAAAACAUCACUUAACAUUUACGCCUGAAUGAAGACUGCCAUGUCGUCACUCCACCAUAAUACUGUAGUAAUGUGAGUAGCUGGCUAGUCAGCUAACAUUACAUCUGAAUUGUCAUCUCUGGUACUAUCAAUUCAUCAAGUCAUUUCACGUGGUGACGUCAUAUUUCUACUUUGCUGCCAUUCCAUAGUUUAAUUUCUCUGUUCAUUAUUCUUUUUUUUCAUACUGGCACAUCCUCUGCUGUCAAAAGGCAACAUUUUUCAUUUCCAGUUAUCAAUGGCACACAAAGAAUCUUAAUUUUGCCUUGUAAUUUAAAAAUACUGUUUCAUGUAAUAGAAUCAGAAAAAAUUCCCUUCUUCUCCAGUCAAGACUUCCAGUUUGAAAUAUUACCUUUGUUUAUUAUCCAUGUCUUGUGGUUUUGUUACAAAAUAAUCUUUGUGAAAGUAAAAGCAAAUUUCGGGUAUUGGAACUGAUAAUUACAUUCAUUGAAUGACAAAUACACAGUACCGCAUCACUUGGUCUCGGUUAAAAUGUGAAUAAUUAUGAUUGUGAUAAUACACCAUAGGAGAAUGUUCAUUAUUGCUAUAAAAUCAAUUGGCUUGCUUAUUCACUGAUGGAUUUAGAACAAGAUUGACAAAAGGACUAUUAGUUGUAUAUUUUUUUAUCUGUGAUAAUGUUUAAUCAUAAAUGUGGCAUUUUAAUAGGAAAAGAUUUAAUGUGAGGCUGUUCAGUAGAAAAUUGCAUUUUAUCAUGCAAAUAACGAAUAGUAUACUUAUUUCGUAUGUGUCAUGGAACUAUCAGAUUUAUUAGUUAACCUUAACUUAAUUUCAUGUGAAACUAAUCAAUGCAAACAUCCUGAGUGAAUCAACAGCAAAUAUUUUGUUAACCAGUCCAUGUGAGUUUAUUUGGAAUGAGAGGCAUUUUCUAUGCUUUCACCGUGUUUGUAGUAGUUUAAUUUCCCAAGUAAUAAGGUGAUACAUUGUUGAAUGAUAUCUCUCAGUUUAGAUGAGGAUGACAUGCAGAUAUUAUUAGAGAUGUAUCUUAAUUGUACAUACUGAAGGUGCUCAGUAGAUAAACCUGAACAUUUCUAGUGAUUCAAAAUAAGUAGUAUGAAUUAUGAUCUCUCCUGUGAAUUCCAUUACUUGUGUUGCUGAGGCUGUUAUAUUUUUCAGCAUUAUUUCUUGAUCUCAAAAUUUAUACAAGAUAUUGUAACUAUUUGGCCAAUUGUUAAUAAAAACAUUUGCAAUCA